CACAUACACACACUCUCUCUCACGCUCUCUCUCCCCUUCCCUCACCGCCUCACCCAUCCACACACACUGCAUGGUCUCAACAGCUCAACAGGGUCUAUUAAAGUAUCUGAACCAGUGGAGCGGAGUGGGGUGGGGGAAGUAACUGGGAGUUCUUUAAAUAUGAUUGAGAGGAAAUGAGUUGGCUGAAGGCUGCAGAUCUCAGAAAUGCAUCAUGAACGCAUAAGAGUUUCGCUAUCUUCUGUACACAGCUUAGAACUGAGAAUAUCAUUGACCCACACAACCCUAGUUUUCAGCUGUUUGACUUUCCUUGUAAGUGGACUAGAUCACAAAUGGCACCUUUACGAGAAUUCUUGCUGUGGGUGGUUCUUGGAAUGAUUUUUGUAUCCUUGGUAAUAGGCCUCAUCUUUGUCCUUAUCAACAAGUGUAUCUCCAAGAAAGCUGCUGAACAAUCCAAUACAAAUACACCAAGUCACACAAUGCCUGAGUGUUAUGCCCAGAGCAGCAAAUAUCAUCCCAAAGAUCUGGAGGACGAUUUGCCUCCUUUACCACCCAGGACUCAGUUUCUCACAUCCUGCCCCGAGACCGAAAGCUAUGAGAACCUUGCAGACCUACCCUACAAUGUGAAAGUAGAUAACAAGGCCCCUCCUCCGCCGUACAAUCACACAGAGACAGUGGUGUGUCAGGACGUGUGCCAUGACCGUGACAGCAUCUCAGAGGACUAUGAUGACAUCGUAGCAGACUUUCAGACUGCUGAACAAAACAAUACAAAUACACCAAGUCACACAAUGCCUGAGUGUUAUGCCCAGUUUCUCCCAAUGGUUUCUCCCUUAUCCAGGAGCAGCAAAUAUCAUCCCAAAGAUCUGGAGGAUGAUUUGCCUCCUUUACCACCCAUGACUCAGUUUCUCACAUCCUGCCCCAAGACCGAAAGCUAUGAGAACCUUGCAGACCUACCCUACAAUGUGAAAGUAGAUAACAAGGCCCCUCCUCCGCCGUACAAUCACACAGAGACAGUGGUGUGUCAGGACGUGUGCCAUGACCGUGACAGCAUCUCAGAGGACUAUGAUGACAUCGGAGCAGACUUUCAGAGUGAGGAGGACUAUGAUGAUGUGGGAUAAGGCCAGAGGCAACAGAGCCUAUAUUAAAGACACAGUGGUGGCACAAUGUCCUUCUAGACAAAAAUAAUGUUCUGUACAACUAUGACUAUCCUCAUCUUCAGCUGAUACAGCUUUAAUGUUUACUAAUUUAUUUGGUAAUACCUUACUCCACAGUCCUCUGCCAACUGGUAUAGCUGUCUGGUAUUUACCAAUAUAUCUUGUAACAAUGUGUACUUUCUUACAACCAUGAAUUCAACACAAUUUAGUUGCAUUUCAGGGUAUACUUUGUAAUUGAAACUCUUAUGCUGUAGUUAGAAGGUAUAGAAAAAAAGAGAAGCUGUGUAGUUUCAAUAUGAAUAUUGACCAAAGAGUAUAAAAUGUACACAAUCUAUAUUUGGGGUUCUGACAGUUGAACUAAGCUCAUGAGGGAUUUCUAAGUUAUAUUCUUCAAGAAUCAAUUAGUAUAUAAAGUCCUAAAAUGGGUGUACCAAUUGCAGGUUGCUCCUUUGAACUAAAGUUUUAUGAAACCUUCAUAAAGGAGAGUUGAACCGAUAAAAACUGUAAAGGGUUUCCAACAGAUCGGAUAUAGUUUAAGAAUAGAAAAGGGUGAAAUGGUGACCUGUCCACCAGUGACAAACCUUUUUUUGCAACAGUAAAGAUUAGAUCCUCUGUUUUUUUCCAUAAUCAAUAACCCAUCUACUAAAAGGCUGUAGACAUUCCAAAAUCUGUAUUGAUUAAAAUGUGAUUCAUGUGAUCUAUAAGCGUUGCCAUGAAGGUCAAGAACUGCAAAAAUGUGAAGAAGUCUAUAUUAUAUAACAAACUCUUAUAUGCUGUAGUAGGUAUCUAGUUUCAAUUUCAAUAUUGAACAUGGGGAACUUUUUUUAAAUUGAUUUUUUGCAGGGGUUACAAAAUGGCUAGUCUCCUUUGUCAUCUGUGUGUCGAGCCUAGAAGCCUGGCAUGCGACACAAAAUGGUCGGUCAACAUUACGCUCCCUUCCAUACACUGCAAUGUCUUCUACCAGAGGGCGGCAUUAUUACAAAGAGUGAAUAACGUAUGCUGUUUGAUUUGUUUGCAGUUACAGUAAUAAUUGUUUCUACACUUGCAAUAAACACGUGUGCUUUUA